AUGUCCUCAGAGUCACCCGACAAGCAUAUCAGACUUAAUGCUCAGCAGAUUGGAGAACUUGUGAAUGAAUUUCAUGAGCACAGAUCACAAGGCAAGCCUCGAGCUUCGAGACCUGCAUCAGAGAGAAGGAUUGAGAUUUUUCUGGCAUAUCUUGCUUCAGGAGGUUACUACCGUCAAGUUGCCUACACGUAUGGGGUUGCAACAUCAACUGCAUCCGAUUAUUUACAUGAAGUAAGCGACUUCAUGAUGGACAGAGCUCCAAAUUACAUUAAACUUCCACAGCCAGAGGAAUACCAAGAUCUAUCAUCACCAUUAACUAACAUAGGAGGGAGAGUUACCCGUGUGAUCCUGUACAUCGAUGGACUUAUCGUAAGGAUUCAGCGCCCAGCGCAUGCGGGGGAUGCCUAUUAUUGUGGACGAGCUGGCAAGGCCUGUGACUCUAUUAAUGUCCAGUACGUUGUAGAUAAACGAGGAAUUGUCCGACAUGUUGUAUCGGGUCUGUCUGGUGCCACCCAUGAUAAGACCGCCAUUGAAUGGUCUCAGGAAUUCAUGGAUUAUCUUGAUGGGUUACCAGAUGAUGUGGUUGUCCUUGGUGAUCCAGCGUAUCGCAAUCUCCAUCCACGAGUCACAACUACGUUCACCGGAAGGAAUCUUACUCGCGAGCAGCAAGCAUUCAAUGGCCAUUGCACCAGGCUGAGGCAGAUUGUCGAAAGAAGCAUUGGAGCCACAGAGCUGAAAUGGCGAAUGGACCAACACAAGGAAAAUAGAUAUGCAGCAAAAGGAGGUCCCCUUUUUGCUGCUAAGUGCACCAUUAGUAUUUGUGCACUCCACAACCAUUUUACAAAUUUCCUGUGA